AUGACGAAGACUAACGAAGAGUGGAAGAAGGUAAAAGGUUUUGAGAACUACUCAGUGUCGACGCUUGGAAGAGUAAGAAACGACGUAACAGGAAAACUUCUUACAAUUUCCCACGACAAACAGAACUACUGCAUAGUUACUCUAUUUAACAACGGAAGAAGAGCAGUUAAGAAGACACACCGUUUAGUCGCAAUAGCCUUUAUAGACAAUCCAGACAACCUGGAGACAGUAAACCACAAGGACACGAACCACGACAACAAUACAACGGAGCAAAUUAACGAAGAACAAAAAGAACGCAGAAGAAACCACUGUAUUAAAAUGUACACCAAGGCACAAGAAAUUAACGGAAAGGACAACCCAAGUAAGAGACGUUACGAAACUGUACUACUUGAAAUCUGCAGAAAGAACUUUAAGUCUUAUACAGUAGCAACUCUUAUGAUUAUACUAAUGUUAACAGAGCCUAAGUUUUCGCAGUUUUACUCGGUUGCACCCGACGGUUCAUUAAGUAAAGAAGUAAGAGAAGCAAUAGCAAGUACGUUAAAGUCUUCUCCACUGGUGUAUAAGUACAAAGACAAACAAAGAUUUAAAAUACUUAGAGAUUAUAUUUUGUUCAACGUUGCAGAAACCAAGUACACACCACUUAACUACAGUUCUUCUACUCUUGAUGGUAAAUUGCCUAACGUGUUUUGUGCAGACGAAGUAGGAGCUUUACCCAAUGCGUAUGCCCUGGAAAGUAUGCGAUCUGGACAGUUAAAUAUACUUAAUAAGUUAGGUUUUGUAAUCUCUACGAAGUAUCCUACAAUUAACAAUCCUUUUGAACAGGAAGUGGCAUAUAGUAAAAAGGUGCUUGACGGAACAGUUCAAGACGAGACGGUCUUUUCUCUACUUUACGAACCAGACAACGUAACCAAUUGGGAAACAGACGACUUAAUCUUAAAACAAAGUAACCCCGUAUCUCUUGAAAUUCCAGAAAUUUGGGAGGAUCUACUUAAGAAGAGAAAUAAGGCAAUAGCACAAGAAAACGUAAGAGAGAACUUCGUUACUAAACACUGUAAUAUUAUUUACUCUGGUAGUGGAACAGAAACAUAUAUAGACGUUGCGUCUGUACAAACUUGCAAAGUAGAUAAUAUCAACUGGAGCGGUAGAGUAGUAUACCUUGGUAUGGACUUAUCCGAAACCAACGACAACACUUCUGUUACUAUGUUAGCAGUUGACGAAGACAACAGAAUAUUAUCUGAUAGUUACUGCUUCAUACCAGAAGACAGAAUAGAAGAAAAACAAGCAACGGAGAGAGUAAACUAUAGAGAACUUAUAAAAGGUGGUAAAGUUAUUGCUUGUGGUAACAAGAUUAUAGACUAUAAGACAGUAGAAGACUUUAUUUUAUCUCUUGAAAGCAGACUUGGAGUGCAAAUACAGGCGGUAGGUUUUGACCGUUGGAACGCUCUUUCUACUGCACAAAAAUUAAAGGAUAAGGGACUUAAUACAAUUGAGAUAAGACAACAUUCGAGCGUUUUACACCCACCGACGAAGUUGUUAAAAGAAAAGAUCUUGUCUGGAGACUUCCAGUAUACGGAAAACCCGUUAUACGAGAUCAACUUUUUAAACUCAAAGUGCACCUACGACACUAACAAGAACUUAUACGUUAACAAGAAGAAGUCAAACGGUAAAAUUGAUAUGGUUACUAACGAACGUAAUACUCCAGAAGGUAACGAGCCACUUUCAGACGUUCUUUUAAGUUGUUUUCUUACUGGAGAGAAACUUACAAGAGAAAAGGUAUUAACAAUUCCUUCUGUUUCUUCCAAUAUUGACUUAAUAGCAAGUUCUAUAGCCACUAUGCCUGUAAAGUUAUACAGACGCAACGGAGACCAAGUAGAGGAAGUUAAAGACGACAGAAGAACAAGACUUCUUAACGGUGAUACUUCAGACGCUCUGGACAGUUUCCAGUUAAAGAGUGCUAUGGUAUACGACUACUUCUUAGACGGUGGUGGUUAUUGCUAUAUACGUAGAAAAUUAAACAAGGUAGUUGGUCUGCAUUACGUUGAUAGUGAACAAAUAACAAUAAAUCACAACUUUAACCCAAUUUACAAGGAUUAUAGUAUUUUUGUACUUGGUAACAGUUACAAGCCUUAUGAAUUUAUCAAGAUUUUAAGGCACUCAAAAAACGGUGCAAACGGUGUUUCUAUUAUGGGGGAACUUAACACUGCUCUUGAAACUGCAUACCAGACGCAAGUAUACCAGUUGAACAACGUAAAAACAGGCGGUAACAAAAAAGGCUUCUUGAAGUCUGAAAGACGCUUAGGACAAGACGAGAUUAACGCUUUAAAAAAUGCCUGGAGACGACUUUACAGUUCUUCAACAGAAAACGUAGUUGUACUAAACUCUGGUAUCGACUUUAAGGAAGCAAGUAAUAGUUCUGUAGAAAUGCAAUUAAACGAGAGUAUUAAAACUCUUGGUGGGCAGAUUAACGAAGUGUUCCAUAUUGGUAAUAGUUUCGAAGAAACAUACAAAUUGUCUAUUUAUCCAAUUGUGGUUGCGUUUGAAACUGCACUUAACAGAGAUUUACUCUUAGAAAGCGAAAAGGAAGACUACUUUUUCAAGUUCGACGACAAGGAAAUUAUAAAGGCAAGUCUUAAAGAACGUUACGAGACCUAUAAAGUUGCAAAAGAAACAGGACUUCUUACAAUUAACGAGAUCAGACGACUUGAAAAUUUAAACGAUAUACCAGACUUUGACGUAAUUAACGUUGGCUUGUCUUCAGUUCUCUACGACAUUAACACUAAGAAAUACUUUGUUCCUAAUACCUCAACAGUUAUUGACACUAACGAAAACACAAUAGAAGAAAAUAACAAGGAAGGGGUCGAAAGAUUGUCUAAACCACUUUAUAGCAGAACUGGUCGUUUCGUAGAGAAAAUUAAAGUCGGUGCAUUUGCAAGAGCCUUGGAAAGAAACAAGGAUAUUAAGUGCUUACUUAACCACAAUUGGGAUAGAGUGCUUGGAGAUACACUUACUAACGUAAGACUUACGGAAGAUAAUAUUGGUUUAAGGUUUAACGCAGUAAUUGACGACGACGAAGUGGUAAAUAAAGCUCUUAACGGGGAAUUAACGGGUUUUUCUUUUGGCUUUAGAGAUCUUGAAGUCGAAAACGGAAUAGACAACGACAGUAAAUUGCCACUUCGAAACGUUAAAGACCUGGAAUUAUACGAAGUCUCCAUACUUGAUAGAAGUAAAACACCCGCUUAUACAGGUUGUUUAGUAGAAGUUAGAGACGACGAAGAGCCUAUUAACAUUUCCGACGAGAACGAAGAAGAAGUAGAGCUUAUUACGGAAACAACUAACGAAGAAACACCAGUAGAAGAGCCUACAGAAGAGGUAGUAGAAACCGUUGUAGAAACGGAAGAAACACCAAUAGAAGAGCCUGUAGAAGACGUAGAAGAGCCUACAGAAGAGACUACAGACGAUAACACGAUACCAAGUGAAGACUACUUCACAAAGUAUAAAAAUUUAAUUUCCGACUUAAAGGAAAUUGUAAAACAAUUUGAGUAA